GUUGGCUGCGUGGGUUUCUGCAUGCAAAUGGAUCUGAUAUUGCUAUGGGGAUCUAGAUUUCCUGUACUGGGUUGUAAAUUUGUACAAAUACUUACACCAAAUAAUCAAGAGUACUGCAUACUAGUCCCCCAUUAGACAGUGGCUGGCCUGUCUUUCAAAGUCAAUUAUUAACCAGUAUUUUUUCAUUUGGACUGGCUUCAUUCCUUAAAGGAAGGUCUUGACCUUGACAAGAGGGUUGAACGGUGCAGUGAUUUUUGCCUUUAAGAAGCAAUAUGGAAGGGAAUAUAAAUCACAGUCCUUAGGAUAAAGUUCAAAACCAGCUAGCUAAGUCAAGGUACAUAUUUGAAGCAACUGCUGUACUAGCCACUAUAGAUAACCUGGUGACUAACUAAUUUAAAUAUAACUUUAUUGACGACAGAAUUUUAACAUUUCAGCUGCUAUGUUUUUCUCUCUAAAUGUAUUUUUAUACUGAUAGGUCAGACCCAGGGGAGAGGGAUACACAUAAUCCUUUUCUCCCUCUGAUGUGGAGUCAUCAGGAGUUUUAUGUAGCCUUAGGAGUAACAGUGAUGUGGGUAGAAGUGAAGCUAAUGGAAAGUUACACAGACAGAGCUUGGUAUAUUUUGGUUUACUGCAGUAUUGCUUUAAAAUGCCUUGCAAGGUUUUCUGCACUCCCAGCAGCAGCAGCAGCAGCGCUGCCUGGAACAGAUGCAAUGGUUUACCCCGUCCUUAGGAGCUUAAUGUUGUCUCACAGCAUGGUCUGCUCGGGAAGCCUUGCUGCUCACUUUACAUUCUGAACUGGUAAAUCACGGGGAGCAUAAGCAGUAACUUACUAGAUACCAGAAACCUCUCCUGGAAUUCAUUUUAACUAAAAUGUGUGUGCAUGCCUCAGAAGAUAUUUAAAGGAAAGAACAAAAAAUGUAAGAUACACCUGGAUGGAUUUGAUGUCAGACAGUUUCACACUUUGCCGCCUUUCUUAAGCAGUUAAUUGAUUUGGCUUUACAUUGUUACAUUACAAAAACAAUGCUAAAAAAUGCAGUCUUGGGCAUGUAUAUGUCAUAUGAUUAACUCAAUAGCAAUGCAUUUAGGUAUUCAGCAAUGGCCAUCUUUGGCAUAGUUACUCAAUUAAAGUAAGUGAUUUGGGGCUCAUUUAAAUUACUUUUGAGAUUUAGAAUUGUGUCCUCAAUUGACUAAAAGCCUGCAAAAUAUGGAGGUUCCUGUUGUGAUUUCAUACAAUUGCUGUUCAUUGAUGUCUGUAUUGUAUUAGUACUAUUGGGUCUCAAAAUCAUUAUAAAAUUAUGUGAUCUGCCCUGUUUCAUAUGGAACACCUUUUCUAGCAGAUAUUAGCCUUAACCAUUCCACAUACAUUUCCUUUCUGAAGUUUAAACUUAUGUAUUGAUUUAGCAAAUAAUUUGCAUCACUAGUCUUUGUCUUGUGCAUAUAAAGAUGAUUUUCAACAUGCAGCAUGUUUGUAUUGUAAAUAUUUCGAUUUUCCCUCGUUUUAUAUUUCAUUUGAAAGCAUUAGAAAGAUCAUAGUCUAAUAAUACCUCCCCGGUCUGCUGAUUUUGACCUUACGGUUUUCUAAUGGAGAAAUCACCGAUGAUUUCAUAUGUAUGUGUAUAAAUAGAGCGGGUAUGUAUAUAAAUAGAGCGGGUAGAUAGCUAUACCUUCAAGUAAAGGACUGCUUUGAUGUAAAACAGCGUUUUACGCGGAGAGAUCGUAAGGUCACCGAAGGCAAAUCUGACACCCACCGGUGGCUUUGUACGCGAAGUGUCCCCGCCCCCCCGGCCCCCCUUCCCGGCUGUGCCAUCGCCUGGGCUGCCCGGAGCCGGCGCGGGGAGCGGGCAGGAAGCGAUUGUGCAGCGAGGAGCCGCUCCCGUAUCAGCCAGCGUCCCUGUGCGCUUCGGCUCUGAUAAACCUCAAUCACUGCGAGCUUGCUUGCUAAUUAGGGAAAAUCGGUACCCGGCUCCUUUAAAGGUCCCCUAAUAGAAAAGGGGGUGGAGAAGAGCGAAGACUGGUGUCUUUUUAACCUUGCUGAAGGACGCAGCAGUAUUUAUUGACGUAUGCAAAUAACCAGGGGGAGGAGGUGGAGGAGGAGGGUGCUUGGAAAAACAGGAACCAGAAUCAGUUUCUCAUUGCAGGCUGCGCAAACCAUGCAGGAUGAUUUACUGAUGGACAAAAGCAAAGCCCAGCCCCAGCAGCAGCGGCAGCAGCAGCAGCAGCAAGAUCCAAACUCAGCAGAAGCCCCCUCUACACCCAUCUCGUCGGAGACACCCAAACCAGAAGACAACAGUUCAGUGACUAGUAUCGGCACAUCGGCUCCUUCCCAAAAUAGCAAGGAGAAGAUGCAGAUGGAGUCUCCCAUUUUGCCUGGCUUGAGCUUUCACCAGCCUCAACAAGAACCUGCAGCCGGCACCUCCUUGUCUCCCUCGUUUGGCAGCACCUGGUCUACAGGGACCACGAACACGGUGGAUGAUAGCUUUUUCCAAGGGAUUACUCCAGUCAAUGGGACAAUGCUUUUCCAGAAUUUUCCACACCAUGUCAACCCUGUAUUUGGUGGCACUUUCUCACCUCAGAUUGGCCUAGCUCAGACUCAACACCACCAACAUCAGCAGCAGCAGCAGCAAGCUCAGCAGCAGCAGCAGCAGCGGAGGUCACCUGUGAGUCCUAACCAGGCGCCUUUUGCCCAGAGAAAUGCUGCUUACAGCCAUCAGCCCAUCAUGACCAGCAAACCGUCUUCCUCCUCUGCCUCGUCUUCUUCCUCCUCCAGCUGGAAUAACCAUCAAAACGCGGCUUGGAGUACACCUUCCAACCCUUGGGGUGGGCUGCAGGCUGGUAGGGACCCUCGAAGGGCAGUUGGAGUGGGGGUUGGCGUGGGAGUGGGAGUCGGCGUGCCCUCCCCCCUCAAUCCCAUUUCACCCCUUAAAAAACCCUUCUCCAGCAAUGUCAUUGCCCCUCCGAAGUUCCCACGGGCUGCACCCUUAACCCCCAAAUCCUGGAUGGAAGACAACGCGUUCAGGACGGACAAUGGCAACAAUCUGUUGCCUUUUCAGGACCGGAAUAGGCCCUAUGACACUUUUAACUUGCACUCUUUGGAAAAUUCCUUAAUGGAUAUGAUAAGGACUGAUCAUGAGCCUCUGAAAGGUAAACACUACCCUCCCAGUGGCCCACCAAUGAGUUUCGCUGAUAUAAUGUGGAGGAAUCAUUUUACAGGGCGUAUGGGAAUAAACUUCCAUCAUCCAGGAACAGACAAUAUUAUGGCUCUUAACACAAGGAGCUAUGGGCGGAGAAGAGGUCGGUCUUCGCUGUUUCCUUUUGAGGAUGGCUUCCUAGACGACAGCCAUGGGGAUCAGUCGUUAUCCUCGGGUCUCAGCUCUCCAACACGCUGCCAAAAUGGGGAACGAGUGGAACGCUAUUCUAGAAAGGUGUUUGUUGGAGGUCUUCCUCCUGACAUUGAUGAAGAUGAGAUCACUGCCAGCUUUCGUAGGUUUGGACCUCUUGUGGUGGACUGGCCUCACAAAGCUGAAAGCAAGUCGUAUUUUCCACCUAAAGGUUACGCCUUUCUGCUGUUCCAGGAAGAAAGCUCUGUACAAGCUCUGAUAGAUGCCUGUCUGGAAGAAGAUGGAAAACUUUACCUAUGUGUGUCAAGUCCCACAAUCAAGGAUAAACCAGUGCAAAUUCGACCUUGGAACCUAAGUGACAGUGACUUUGUGAUGGAUGGGUCUCAGCCUUUGGAUCCAAGAAAAACAAUCUUUGUUGGAGGAGUUCCACGGCCUCUCCGAGCUGUUGAAUUGGCAAUGAUUAUGGACCGUUUAUAUGGAGGUGUCUGCUAUGCUGGCAUUGAUACAGACCCAGAGCUGAAGUACCCAAAAGGUGCUGGCAGAGUGGCUUUCUCCAAUCAGCAGAGCUAUAUUGCUGCUAUCAGUGCUCGCUUUGUCCAGCUCCAACACAAUGACAUUGAUAAACGGGUGGAAGUGAAGCCAUAUGUGCUGGAUGAUCAGAUGUGUGACGAAUGCCAGGGCACUCGCUGCGGUGGGAAAUUUGCUCCAUUCUUUUGUGCCAAUGUUACCUGCUUGCAGUAUUACUGUGAAUACUGCUGGGCCAGCAUACACUCUCGUGCUGGGCGGGAGUUCCACAAACCACUGGUAAAGGAGGGAGGUGACCGGCCCCGCCACGUCCCGUUCCGCUGGAGCUGAACCCCGGCCGCACCCAGCAAGAAGUACUGGAGUAAAUAAAAUUGAGUGAAAAGAGAGCGCUGCCUCAGGGCUUAGUGUUCUGGAAAUCUGUGCAUUCGUCCUCGACUUUAAUGAAGAUAUGGGUCUUUUAUUACUAUUAUUAUUAUUUACAGUCACAUUACUGAACUCAGUGUCCAGUAUAAUACAAACCGGCAGAGUGUAACUGUACUGAUUUUGCACUUUGAUUCACACAAACAUCUGCUUGGUACCUUAAUUUCCUACACAAGACUUGUCACUAGUGACAUUAUGUAGACUGCCAUUCUCAUCGGUCUUCACUGGGCUGAUGCGUAUGUGAUGAAGAUUUUUUUAUUGUAAUUAUAAUUAUUUUUAUUUUUAAACUGGAGCAUGCACUUAUUUUCAGAAAUUUAGACUUGCCCCUAGCAGAUGACUUACCAAAGGUAAUAUUCACGAGUAGGUGGCAGAUGUAGCAAAAACUUAAACAGAUAUUCAGCAAUCAUUAGUUUGGGUCAUUUAGAAUAGUAAUAACCCUUAAAGAAAAUAAGCCUUUAGUUGCUCUCGAUUUUGACUUGUAAGGAUGAUACCUCAUAAGCUGGAUCAGACUUUUUUCUUUUAUUUUGCUGAGGGUUUUUUUUUUUUGUUUGUUUGUUUGUUCUGUUUUGUUGGGGUUUUUUUUGUUUUGUUCUGUUAGGUCUUUUAGUGUUAUGUAAAUGUAUGCUGCAAUAGCUUUUGCUGCUAUUAAAAUGGUAUUACUAAUACCAUAAUACUCUAUUCAGGCUAGGGUAUCAAUUAAAAAUGAAUAUGUGAUUAAAAUAGUGAUGGCUGCUGAAAGGAGAUCAGUAUAGCAUACAGAAAAGCUUCCAAGGAAGGUCAAUAUUUUUUGACUGCAUGUUUACUUAAUCAGGUUGCUGCAUGCAAUAAAUUUUAUAUAUGUCUAAUAUAAAACCUGCCCACAAUGCACAAAUUAUGAAUCUACGUAGGCUACAAAAUGCUCAGUAACAAAAAAAAUUGAUUACUGACUGGAGGAAGGCAUGCCUCAGUAAAUGUAAUGCUUCUGAAAUUAGGAUCAGCCCAUUACAGAAUGACCUAUAUUACAACAAAUAUAAAAACUAGCUGUAGGAUAUUCUUAAAAAAAAUUUGUGGAUGGUAGAUGAAGUACUUUGCGGUGCUCUGUUAUAUAUCGUGCAAUUUAUUUUAUAUAGUAAAGUGAUUAUGUCUAGUACUGUGAUCAAACUUAACUGUUAAAGCCUCUGUAUCUGACAUUAACACAUUUUUGACAGUUCAUAACAGGUACAUAAACAGAAAUGAGCUCUUAGUUACAAUCUCUUUCCUAAUGCUUGCAUCAUUUACGUAGCUGCAGACCUUGUCCAGAAAACCAAAGAGCUCAUGCUGGCGUACAUACACUACCGAUUAGAUAGUCUGUCAAACUACUAACCUAGGCACAUUUAAGAAAGUUAGGAAACAAAGUGGUGCUAAAGAAAUGUCUGCAUAUUAAAGUAACAUGAGAUGUCUGCUCUGUGGAUGUGGCGUUAUCUCUCUAAUCCCUGGAUGUAUCCUGUGAAGCUUGAAUACAAUUAAGACCUGCUAACACAGUGGACAUUUUUUUAGCAUGAACUAUGGGGCUGCAGAUAGCAUAUAAAUAUAAACACACUUGGUAUACUAAUGAUUGUGAGAAUGUGUACACUAUUUUUUUUUCUUUUUCCUCCUUUGUUUUUGCAGUUCUGGGGACAAUCUGACUGGAUAUGACACCGCAUAGUAGAUUUAAAUGUUCUGGGUUUUGUUUGUUGUGAUGUCCUUCUUUGUGUCUAAUUUAGUAAGUUGGUUUUCCCGAUGUUUAGUUGCAAGUAUUGGCUUUGAGAGGAUUUUUUCUGUUUUUGGAGAAAAAAAAAAAGAAAAAUAGUUUUUUACUGGUUUAAAAUGCUUAUUAUAAUUAUCCCUUUUGAAGUUACUUCUGGGCGGUUUUGUGAUAUUGCUUUUCCCAGCCCAGGUGUCUUUUCUGUUUUUUUUCAUCUGUACAAGACAUUUUGUUAUGCACUACUUUUUGUAUCUAGACAGUUUUCAACAGUUGGCUGAUGAUUUUUUUUAAAGAAAAAGGCAUGCUUUCUGACUGACAUGAUCUUUUGCAAUACCUCAAUUUUGAAAUAUAGGAAAGAAAAUGAUAUUUUCUAAGUAAGUUUAUUCAGAAAAAUAUAUAUUAAUUUAAUUCUGCAAGAAAAAUGAUUUAACAGAUGGGUAACUUUAUUUUUUUCAUGCUUAUUUGAGUUUUUUUGAAAAUGAAGAAGUUAGAGCUUUAUAACUGUAAUAUUAAAGAUCAUAGCUAACCUACAGAAGUCUACCUAAUUAUGUGAAAGAAGUAAACCUUUUUGAAGAAAUACCCCUCUUUCAUGUAGAAAAAUACUCCCAGAGAGAAAGAGAGCGAGAGCGAGAGAAGCUGGAAAAUGUACAAUAUAGCAUAAUGUUGGAUUAAAUCUGAAACAAAUCAUCAUAAAGAACAGGUGUAAACACAAACUCCAUUUGGUGCUGAAAGUUGUGAAUAGAAGGUGAAAAAAUAUUUUCCCUUAAUUUGUAUAUUUAUAAUCAAGUGUGAUUAUGCACGACUGACCAGAAUUGUGAGAGUUCUUCUGUUUGUAUUUUUUUAAAGAGAACUUUUUUUAGUUUAUUAAAUUAUGACAUGCUCCCUUUUGUUUUGUAAAUGAAUGUGCCCCUGAGUUGUUAAUAUGUUAUAUUAAAAGAGGGUCCUUCAAAAAAAAAGUUAUUUUUUAAAAUAUGGAGUUCUGAACUGCAACUUGACUAAGAAGCCCCUGGGUACAACAGGUCCUAUUGUGGCCUUUUCUGAUGUGAGACUUGAACUAGUCGAUUUUUUUGAAGGCUAACCUAACCUCGACUAUUUGUUGUUAUGUGCAAUACUGUUUGUACUGUUUGUAUAAAAAAAAAAGAAAAAUGAAAAGAAAAAAGGCAUAAAUCUUUAUUGCAGAUUUAUUUUCAUUGCAGACUUUAGACAUUGUGAUUCACUAAAAUCAUUUUUCUACUGUCAAAUAUGUACCUUUUCUUCAUGCUGGUAUUUUUUCAAUAGUAAUGUAGCCUUUGUACUGAGACAAAUUUUCAUUGUUAUUUUUAGAAAGAUUUUUUGCUAAGAAAAAAAUUAAACAUAUUUACAUAUUUUUCAUUUUUAUUUCGUAUUUUCUUUAAGGAGUGCUUUCUCAACCAUUAAUAUAGUUGUUUCUGGGAGAGACUUUCAUAUCUGGUCAAUGUCAUUAAUAUUAUUUUGUAUUUUUACUUGGAAUAAAUUAAUUUUAUGAUGCUGAUUCUUUAAAAGUUUAUUUUUUUCAUUUUCAGUUAUUUUUGAAGCUAAAAUCUUUGUAAUAUUGUUACUAAAGUGUCUAGUUUUUUGAAAUGCAAAGCUUUAUGUAUUAACUUGCUGAUGUGGUUUACAAUAGUGUGGCAAUGAUGAAAAUGGUUGGUUAUGUAAAGUGAUUGGAAAAUUGUAACAAAGAAUUGGGCAAUAAAAUGACAGAAUGAAGCAGAAAAAACGUGAUAUUUUGAAAAGCCUUUUCCUUUAUCAAAAUGAUUUAGGGAGAUAAUAGGGAUGUCACAGUACCAGUUCGCUGUCUAGAUUUAUACACCACCAGUGUUGAUGAAAUACUAUUGCCGUUAUAAGGAACUAAAUCUGUUGAACAAUGGGUUUUUGACCCUGCCCAUUCAGCAUAACUCUUCAUUACUUUUCUUGUCAUUAACUCAAUAAACUCUCUUUUCAAUAGCCUUAGAGUGAACCUCCUAAAAUAUAUAUAUUCUUCAUUGUAUUUUGCCACCGUGUUAUUUAUUUAAAGAAAUUGCCCCUUUCCUGCACGAGUCCUCUCUGCAUGCAUUUCUCAGUGGCAGCGUGGAGCAGAGUGUCGGUGCCCACAGCAUUUCCUAACCCAGCCACCCCACGUGGGUGGAAGCUGCCAAGUUAAUGCCAAACACUCUCUGUCCAUCCCCUGGUAGCAAUGCAGUAACUCAUAUUGCCACCACGUCUGAACAUCCGUUCAGCUUCUUUGUCUUUCUCUGUUCUUCUCUGCCUCUCUUGUGUCUUUGUCCUUUUUUUCUUUUGUAUUGGCAAUACCAAGGGCCAGUAUCAAAAUGCUUUUCACCUCCAUUUCCAUCACCUUUGUUUCCCUAUGCAGCCAGAAGAAACCCCUUCCUGAAGCCAGUGACUCUGUUCUGGCACCUGAAACAAUCCAGACUAAAACUGGUGUUGCGUAAACAGGGCAUACAAUGACUUUCUCUAGACAAAACUCUCGCUUCCACAAGUUGCUGAUGACCUUUUAGACUUAACUUCUGCUCGAGUGUUAGAGUGGCUCGUCCGUGACUUGUGGGAAGAAAUGUGCCCAGAGUUGGUCUAUUGUGUAUCCUCUGUGUGCUCAGUUCUGUAAGUAAUGUAUAGACUAGAUCAAAUAGUGAAGUAAAAUUUAGACUCAAAUUAGGUACUACUGGUUGGAAUGUACACAAAUUGCAAACAAAGGAGAUUAAGGAAUGAAGAGGGAAUAAAAAAUUCCUGCUAAGUGGUACAAAGUUUAUGCUUAUAUUUCUGCCGACAUGCUUGUAUUUUAUAGCCUGCUAGCAAGGCAUGGGCUAAAACAAAUUGUAUUGCAAAUAUGCAGUUAGCAAAUAACUUUGCUGAUUUCACUAUCUGUUAGAGUAGUAAAAAAAAAAGAAAAAAAAAAGAAAAAAAAAGGCGCUUAACUGGGAAAAGCUCCCAUGUUAAUAUUUCAGUAUUGUGACAUCUCUACUUGCAAGGUAUGAGUGAAAGAUUAGUCACAGAUUUGUAGAAAUGUCUCUUUUGUUUAAUCUGGCUUGUAUGUAGUUGCUUUUAUGCUGGUUUGUAUGAUGUCAGCUAAACCCUUUUUCUUUUCCUUCCUUCCUUUCUUUUUUUUUUAAACAGACAAACUUCUUAAUCUCUGCUGCUAUAGUGUUCUAUCAUACCACGGAGUAUUUUAUAUUCAUGUUAGUGACUACUCUAUACCCCAAAUGGGUAGCUGGUCAGAAAUCACAUUGGUCACAUAAGUCUGACACACUCAAAUUUACAUGACAAAAAGUUCAUUAGUAAGUAGAAAACCAGGGUGCUAACAAGAGAUAAUUUUUGCUCUUUUUUCUUUCCUGGAUGUAGUUCUGUUGGGGUAUAAAGUAUUAGAUAUUUGUAAUUUUACUGUCAAACUAAUGGACAUAACUUUUAGAGCAUUCACAGCUAAGAUCUCUGUACUUGUUUUUCAACUAAUUUUAAAUGUACUGUAUCUUUUAUUACAUGUUCUCUUAGAUUGUUUUUGCUAGUAAUUCUAACAAGGCUUCUUCCUUUUUGGCUUGGACUAAUGCUUGUAUGGAACUGCAGUACUGUGACUAAACAUGGAGCUCAAUGCUGCUAUUGCUUACAACUGCUUAAACUUUGUAGUUUGAACUUUAUUUUUUUCUGUAAUAACUUAUUAAAUAUAGUUGUAUGAA